CUGUUAACCCCACGCAACAGUGUCAUUAAUGGCGCUGCAGAUUCGACGUGCAGAAUUGUAACCCACACAGAUACGUGUACUCGCCGGUAGAUACGCUCUGCAAACAAAUUUGCCCAUAAAUUGUAGGCGUUGAAAUUGCGAGAGUUUUUUUGUUUACCAAAUCGACAAAAAGGGGGGGGAGUAUCCAUUAUGAGCUCUUUCACCCCUACGAGUUUAUGAAGCAACUUGUGGAAGGAGCUUGAGUAUAUACUGCUUGGCAUUUUUACACGCUUUGGCAUCGCACUGCUGUUCCACUUCCAUCAUAACACGUCUUCACCGCCGCUCCUCUUCCAUCGUAACACACCUUCACUGCUGCCUAUACUUCCUCCCUCCUGCGAAAUGGAAAAACUUCUGUCGUCCAUCGGCCGGCUGAGCGUAGUAGCGGGGGGGCUGAGCUUAAUCCCGUACACUUUCAUUUACGACGUAGAUGGAGGCGAAAGGUGCGUGAUGUUUAAUCGGUUUGGAGGAGUUAGCGAAAAUACCUACGGAGAAGGAAGCCACUUCUACAUCCCAUGGUUCCAAACCCCAUACAUAUAUGACAUAAAAAUGAAGCCCAAGGUGAUAAACACGACGACGGGAACGAGGGACCUACAGAUUGUUACCCUUAGUUUGAGGCUUCUCUUUAGACCACACACGAAGCAAUUGCCCUACUUACAUAGUACCCUGGGGCCCGACUACGAUGAGCGUGUGUUGCCGUCCAUAGGGAAUGAAGUGCUAAAGGCAGUUGUUGCAAAGUACAAUGCAGAAUCACUUCUAACCCAGAGAGAUAAAAUUUCUAAAGAAAUAAGGGAAAGCAUCACAGCACGAGCCAAACAUUUUAACAUUCUGUUGGACGAUGUAGCCAUUACACACCUCAGUUAUGGGAAAGAAUUUGCAAAGGCGAUUGAAGAUAAGCAGGUGGCUCAGCAAGAAAGUGAGCGAGUGAAAUUUAUUGUAGCUAAAACGGAACAGGAGAAAAUAGCAGCUGUUAUUAAAGCGCAGGGAGAAGCGGAGGCAGCCAAGUUAAUUUCCUCAGCUGUUAAAGAGUAUGGAAAUAGUCUGCUUGAAAUUAGAAAGUUAGAAGCUGCCAAAGAAAUAGCCGAGAAUUUAAGUAAGUCCAAAAAUGUUACUUAUUUGCCAGCUAGCUCUAAUAUUUUACUGAACCCGAAAAAUUUUUAG